UGAGAGACGAAGAUGAGGCUGAAAGUGCUGGAAAAUGGAAGAAUUGUACAUUUUUUAAUGCUCAUGUAAUAAUAUCAUCUUCCUCACUAGUUUUUCUGCCUGUUUACAUUGAAACAGAGGGACCAAUCAUUUAUAUAUUGCCCGACAUCAAAAUAAGAUUCUUGGAGGAAACGAAAAUAUGGAAACUACAUAAGAAGGUCCGAAUUCUACAAUCAUGCAUAGGAAAUUUUCAGGAAAAUAAGGAAAAUUUAAAAAAAAAAAAAAAAUUAAAAAAAAAACACUUCGUCUUCAUCUUCCUUUCUCUCACCUGCAGAGUCUGUCCCUGGAUUCCAGUCUUCCCACCCAUCCAUUCUCAAGAAUUCACACACAAAAGAAGUAUACAGUGUCUGUAGUUUCCAGGGCCUGGAAUUAAGUUCCAGCAAGUAGUAUUUAUAUAUGGCUUUUGUCCCAGCAGCUGAAUCCAUGUUCAGAAACCAUGACGAUGGCCAUUUGCCCACAUUAUCAUCCUGUGCUCCUCAAGACUUAAACGAUGUUUCCCAGUUCUUGAUGAGGAGAUCCAUGUCAUAUUCCAGGCCAUUUGAUGUCGAAGAAUUGCAGCCCGAGGAUGACAUGUCGGACGAUGGCUGUCAGCAUUUGGGAGAGAAGAAACGGAGGCUGAACCUGGAGCAGGUGAAGGCCCUGGAGAGGAGCUUUGAAUCAGGCAACAAACUGGAAGCCGACAGGAAAAUGCAGCUGGCUCGGGCUUUGGGCCUGAAGCCCCGACAGGUUGCUAUAUGGUUUCAGAACAGAAGGGCCCGAUGGAAGACUAAGCAACUGGAGAAGGAUUACGGUGUCCUGAAGAGACAGUUUGAGUUAAUCAAGGCUGAUAAUGAUGCCCUCAAGUCUCAGAAUAAGGAACUUCGCUCACAGCUGACUGCCCUGAGAAGUAGAAAAUCAACUGGUUCCGAAACAAUCAACCUCAACAAAGACAAUGAGGGUUCUUGGAGCAAUGGAAGCCUUGAAAACAGUAGUCAUGAUGUCAAACUUAACACAACAUCAACAGACAGCACAAUAAUGUUUUAUCAUCCCAACAACAAUCAGGGUUUCGUUUCCCCUUCAUCCGUUGGAGCUGCUUCUCUGACGCAUAUACUCCAAUCUUCAUCAAGAACAGCUGAUCACUUGCAGGCGUCGUCGAACCAGCCCCACUGCAGCCUGUUCGGCGGCAUUGAGGAAAACCAGGAGUUCUGGCCCUGGCCUGAGCAGCAAACUUUCCAUUGAUGAAUAUAUUUCAAUCGAUCGUACUGAAUGUCUGUAGUAUAUAAUUUUGAUUUUUGCUAAUAGAUCAGGCUGAUCACUAGGUUUAUCCUGGGGCAAAAAUCAGACCUGCAAUGAGUGAAAUUGUUUUGGUCCCCGAGCCGCAGCCUAAUUUGACAGAUAUGGCUGUGCUCCUCACUGUAUUGCCAGACAUGCAUGCCGGUGGCAACAUUAAUGCUAGGAGCACCGUUAGAUUUGCAGCCUGCUGCUGAGAAAUGUACCCUAGUCCUGAGCCCCUCCAAGCAUAAAUGUCAUUGUGUGCUUAUAAACCAUGUAAGGGCACAGUGUAUUUCUGGGAUCUUUGUUUUGCUUGUUCUGAUGAAUUCUGUAGGCAGUCCGACAAAAGUUGAUUGUAUGUUGAAUAGGAAUAUGGUAAAAUGGAAAUGACACCUACCGACAUUUCUGCAUUUCA